CCAUUGCGUACGAUUCAAGCAGAGAGAUCCACCAUCGAACCGUCGCCAUCUUCGCACGAGAUUGUCACCCAUCAACAUGGUAAUGGGUCCUAUCGCCAAGUAACAAACCAACGACAUAUCAGCUCAGGAGUGUGAUCGAUCCGCUUUGUAACUAACAGAAUAAACUCGGGUCAAUAUUUCUUCCCGUAUUGAAUCUCAGGUUGAAGGGACAAGGCUCGUCGACCGCAUGAAGAACAACGAUGGCUCAUUCGCACUAUCCAAGAAGCGCAAAACUCUGGCCAAGCAUCAGGAUCGCUUCGAAGGCUUUACGAGAUAUGGGAUGGACGCGGAUGAGGGCGACCUUCAGGAUGAGAAUGAAGAGGACCAAAAUACCCUUGGACCUGCCAACGGGAAGGGAGGCAAUAAGAGCGCAGCUGCAGCUCGUCGUAAAAAGGACAAGUUCGACGACAAUACUACUCCAGCAAAGAAGCACAAAACAUCGCCAUCUACCCCACCAGCCAAAGGCGAGCUCAUGAAGUACUUCACCAGGAUGACUUUCAGCACUCAGAGUUCAACGCACUCUCCUGACGGGACCGCUACCACAACACAGAUUAUGGCAGGAAGCAAACCUGAGGUGGUACCGCAAUCGAAGGGGAUGGAUAAGCAGGAUGAUGCAGCUGAGGAACCGGAGCCGGAGCUCUCCCCAAGCAGGCGCCGCAGAUUGAUGCGGACGUCAGACAUGAAGGCCAUGGAGGCAACAAAUGACGACUGCAAGUCCACUCGGGAUGAUUUUGAGGCUGAGUCAUUGCCGCAACUUGAGAGGUUACCUGAAUCGAGAUCGGGCAUCAAUCGCUUCUUUGGGACUGCAACUCUACCUACCCCCAGUAUCACAGGCACAUUAACAAACACCACCGGAGGGCUUGAUAAUACUUUUAGCCAAGUUAUCGACAGCUCGGAGGACUCUAUACUCAACGCUCCAGUGGAACACGGCCCCUCGAAACCGAAAUGUACAACCGCAUCCACGAACAAGAAGACUGCUCACAAGAGAACCUUUACCUCCAACACGGACAGGAUAGAAAAGGACUUUGAUAACAAUCAACCUGAGCAGAAUCUAUCCGAACUCUUGGACAUCAAAGUGGAUGAUAAGCAAAAAUCGGCCCAGAGAACUAUAGCAAGCAUGUUUGCGAAAGUGCCAUUGCGCUCCGCUCCAUCCUCUUCUCUGUGGUCGAAUUACGCCAACGACACAUCUGACACACACUACGACGCAUCCAAAUCCACAAAGCAGCCUGCCACAGCUACUCAACCUGCCAAAAAACCGAGAUCAAAGCCAGGAAGCGCUCGAGCAAAGACCAAGAAGACGAAGGCUAGCUCAUUUUCAGAUUCCGAAGGGCCAGGAUCAGAUAUCGACAGCAAGGGCUCCGAUGACGACCAUUUGAGCGCUGCUAACACUAAAGCGGACGAAAAGGCGAACUCCAACCAGAUUCCCAUUACCGCCAUGUUCUCAAAGGCCACGCUGCAUCCGGGGCUUUCUGACAAUUUUUCAUCGGGACGACCCAAGAAUUCGGAUUGCGAGCCAAAUGGUGUAAUGGUCAUUCGAUCUACGCUCAAGACUUAUUCGGGACGGAAUGUUCGUAGCGCCGCGAGAAAACAGCGGGAAAAGGGAUCUUUUUUUGAACGGAGUGAACCAUCUGAUUCCAACAACGACUCUGACAGCGACCUUUCUGAUUUCAUGGAUACCAAGAUCGAUGACAAGCCGGAUCCAAAUCAGAGAUCGAUUACAACUAUGUUCUCUAAGGCUUCGUAUUCUCCAAUCGUCAAGGUGUAUAGAAGACGAUAUCUCAGCCCACGUUCCCGAUGUAUACUCUCUGGAGGCCUUUCGAAUCUCUCCAACACAUGCUAUCUCAACUCGGUUCUGCAAUCCCUGCGCAAUACUGUUGACUGUGCGAAUACCCUCUUUUCGAUCCAGGACAAGAUACAGGCGAUAGAGAAGGCGCUAGACUUACAAAUCAAUGUGACCGAGUAUCAGCGCAUGCUGUUUAGCAAUGCUCUUAAGGUCUUUCAGGCUCUCGAUCUGCAGGAAUCGCGUGACAACUUCGAAGUUUCGAAUGAAAUUUCUGUCUAUCCGAGGGAGGUCAUUCAAACGCUGCACCAGGGAGAUUCUUUAUUCAACUCUUCGGAGCAGCAGGAUGCCGCCGAGUUUCUCUUUUACAUUAUCAGUCUAUUUGAUGAUAUAUUUAAGGCUCUAAUUCAACUUUGUCAGGAGGCUCCAUUGGAAUCCCGCAACGGGGUCAGAGAGCUUAUCCCGGAAGACUGGCAGCCGAUCGAUGAACUUUUUCAAGUUGGUACUCAAACUGUCACGCACUGUCGAAGAUGCCCUUCGGUCUCAGUCAAGCUCGAUAGGGGUAUUGAUCUGACGGUUCAAAUCGACGCAGAGAAUCCAACACUGGUCCGGGAUCUGGAUUGGGGAAUCUCCGAGACUAUGAAGAUGGAGCAUAUGAAGGACGACAACCAGCGGUUUUGUGAAAAGUGUAACUCCAAGGAAGACGCACACGUAUACCACUUCUUCACAUCUCUACCCAAGAUCUUGAUCUUACGACUGCAGCGAUAUAACUUUAAGGAAGGAGCGAUGAAGCUACAAAAUGGUGUUUCCUGCACGGAGAGGCUGGGUUUCGGAAAAUGGAUGAGUCUGGACUACAAGGGCUCCGAGCCUGAAUAUGAGCUGUGUGCGAUCAUUAUCCAUCGUGGUCGAGUAAUUACAUCCGGACACUACUAUGUCUACAUCAAGAAGGAUGUUGAGAUAGUAACUGUGAUCAUGGAACAGGAUGGAGGGUCAACUACAGAGACGAAAUCCUACCAAUGGUAUGUUACACUGUGCUCGCCGUAUUUGAAAUGUCCUUGUUAUAUUUCUAGUCUUAAGCCCUUUUCUCCCUUUAGGUUAAAGUACAAUGACUCGAAUGUGGAACCAAUAUCAGACGAGGAUAUGGCGAAGGUAUUUUUUGGGGACGUCGGUGCCCAGGCAAGCAAAGAUAUCGUCAGCAACAGCAGCACUAGUGCCGGCGCUGGCACUGGCAGCAGUGGCUCUGACGACGGAGAGGUGGACGCUAUCAAAAAGGAGAUUGCAUCAAUCACUAGUGCCGCAUUCGACUACGAGUUAGCUACGCCGUAUGUUUAUGUCUACCGGCGGAUAGACCCUGCGCAUUAGCUCUGUACAAUACUGCCUCAUAUCCCUGUAGUUUUAGCGCAUUUUUGCGGAAUAAUAAGUUUAAUG